GAGGAAAGAAAAGAAACUCGAGAAUAAACACGAUCCUUGGCAGAGCAGCAAACCGCAAAGACGUCGGGCUGCACUGAGGGCAGAACGGAGCGCCCGGCACUGAGCGCUUUCCUUCCCCGAGAGAUCCGCGCGCAUGGACUUUGCCUGUUGGGGGAGCUUUGGGAAGAGUCCUGCGGGCGGGCGCCGGGCGGAGGUGCUGCCGGGUCCGCGCUCCCCCGCCCCCGCCCUUGCACGUGACUCCCUUAGGCCAGUCAGAGCAGGCGAUCGCUACGCGGGGGCCCGGGGAACCGCGCCGGGAGCAAGGGACAAGCCGGAGGCCCGCAGAGUGGCCGCCCGAGGUUCCGCCGCCGUUGCAGCUCCGCGGACUCACGGAGAUCGCGCCGGCUUUCUGGGAAACUGGAGCUGGCCAGGACUGCCGCUUCGCUUCGAAGGGACCGGGCCCUCUUUGUCAUUCUUCGCUGGAGCCGCUCUGGAGCUAGCAGCUACGCCUGGGUGUGUAGCAGGCAGAAAGCAAGGACUAGACUUGUUUAGCCGGUGGGUGAUCCGAAGGCCUGCUCAGGGUGUUCGAGACCAGCCUGGACUGCGUUUGGGCACCUCCAGCCUCUGGGCCCUGGAAUAGAGUCCGCCCUCCCGCACGGUUUCUGGAGCAACUGCAAAUCCAAUUUGGGAUUUUCUUUUUCCUGAGCAAACCAGAGAGCCUAGAGGUUUCUGCUCUGAUGCUGGAUUUAAUUCGUAUCUAUUUUGAGCGAGUUGUGCCUCUCCUCGUUUUUUGAUCUCCGGUUGUUUUUUUUUGGGGGGGGGUAUUUUGGGGGGUUUUGUUUUGUUCUGUUUUUUUGGUGACAGUUCCGCACACCCGCAUUCUAGUUCUUGUCUGCCUUCCGCUCAGAGCUUGGGGCGAUGUACCAAAGCCUGGCCAUGGCCGCCAACCACGGCCCCCCGCCCGGCGCCUACGAAGCAGGUGGCCCUGGCGCCUUCAUGCACAGCGCGGGUGCCGCGUCCUCGCCCGUCUACGUGCCCACUCCGCGGGUGCCGUCCUCUGUGCUGGGUCUGUCCUACCUGCAGGGCGGUGGCAGUGCCGCUGCAGCUGGAGCCACCUCGGGUGGCAGCUCUGGGGCCGGCCCGUCGGGUGCGGGGCCUGGGACCCAGCAGGGUAGCCCCGGCUGGAGCCAGGCUGGAGCCGAGGGAGCUGCCUACACCCCACCGCCCGUGUCCCCGCGCUUCUCUUUCCCGGGGACUACUGGGUCCCUGGCGGCCGCUGCCGCCGCUGCAGCAGCCCGGGAAGCUGCAGCCUACGGCAGUGGCGGCGGGGCGGCGGGCGCUGGUCUGGCUGGCCGAGAGCAGUACGGGCGUCCCGGCUUCGCUGGCUCCUACUCCAGCCCCUACCCAGCCUACAUGGCCGACGUGGGAGCAUCCUGGGCCGCGGCCGCUGCCGCCUCCGCCGGCCCCUUCGACAGCCCAGUCCUGCACAGCCUGCCUGGACGGGCCAACCCUGGAAGACACCCCAAUCUCGAUAUGUUUGAUGACUUCUCAGAAGGUAGAGAGUGUGUCAAUUGUGGGGCCAUGUCCACUCCACUCUGGAGGCGAGAUGGGACAGGACACUACCUGUGCAAUGCCUGUGGCCUCUAUCACAAGAUGAAUGGUAUCAACCGGCCCCUCAUUAAGCCUCAGCGCCGCCUGUCCGCUUCCCGCCGGGUAGGCCUCUCCUGUGCCAACUGCCAGACUACCACCACCACGCUGUGGCGUCGUAAUGCCGAGGGUGAGCCCGUGUGUAAUGCCUGCGGCCUCUACAUGAAGCUCCACGGGGUUCCCAGGCCUCUUGCAAUGCGGAAGGAGGGAAUUCAAACCAGAAAACGGAAGCCCAAGAACCUGAAUAAAUCUAAGACACCAGCAGGUCCUGCUGGCGAGACCCUCCCUCCCUCCAGCAGCGCCUCCAGCGGUAACUCCAGCAACGCCACUAGCAGCAGCAGCAGCAGUGAAGAGAUGCGCCCUAUCAAGACAGAGCCCGGGCUGUCAUCUCACUAUGGGCACAGCAGCUCCAUGACCCAGACAUUCAGUACUGUGUCCGGCCAUGGGCCCUCCAUCCAUCCAGUGCUGUCGGCUCUGAAGCUCUCCCCACAAGGCUAUGCAUCUCCUGUCACUCAGACAUCGCAGGCCAGCUCCAAGCAGGACUCUUGGAACAGCCUGGUCCUGGCUGACAGUCAUGGGGACAUAAUCACCGCGUAAUCAGCGCCCCCCCUCCUUCCCUCUUCAAAUUCCUGCUCGGACUUGGGACGUGGGGGCCAGCAAAGUAAAAGGCUGGGGCACCCUUGGCCAGCCCCUUUGUCUGGGAACAACUCCUGAAGAACAACUGGGUAGAACUUGAAGUUGUUGACAAUCACUUAGGGAUAUGGGUGUGCCGGGUUGCUUCAAACACCUUUGCAGGUGGAGCACUGGAAAAGCCUGCGUUCUUACAGAGAAGCCCACCUUGGCUGCAAGCACAGCACAGUGAGGCUCUUCAAUGUAGCAGGAGACUUCUUCCUCAUUCUCCACCUGCCUGUCCAGGACAAACACAUGAUCUCCUUCACCCCAGCUCCCCACCUGGUUGUGGUGGUGGGUUUUUCUUUGUGAUCCUAGAGUGGCUGUAGGGGCGGAGGCUUCAAGACACCAUCUACAGUCUGAGCAGGGUGUCUACUUGUUGUGGACUACACAUAGAAGCCCUGCCCUUGUCCAACACUCCCCUUGCUUGAGGCAUGGCACAUCUCUGCAUGUCCCAUACCAGAUCUGACUCCAAAGUGCUGGGUUCAAUGCAGAUGUUACUGAAUGCUUCUUGGGGAGAUUAGGUGAGGGGAAGGCACAUCACCCAUCACACAGAAUAGCUUCAUCAAAUCGCAGCCUGGCAAUGGUGCCUUCCCUUCCUCUCCCAGGAACAUCAAACCCCUUGCUCUCCAGCCUGAACAUCUCCUACCCUCUGGAAAACUAGAGCCCAGUUGUGCAGCUAAUGCCACUAGGUGCUAUUUCCCAGCAUCCUUUUUACCCCUUCACACACAGGGGUUCCAAGGAGGAACAAAACCUACUACCAAAGCAGCCUUGGUGACUACGCUCAUCUGCACCUCGGGGGGGGGGGGUGCCCUCUGGAGGUUGUGUCUACAGCACAAUACUGUUCCCAGGACUCUGGCUUGCUUGCCCUGAGCCUGCCAAGCCAAGCCCUCUUAAGUCAGACAGUUACCUGGCUCUGGGACUUUCUCCAGCACAGAUCCUUUGUCUAGAAAAUAUAGACUGUUUGCAAAAUAAAUUCAAAGCAGAAACAACUAAAGGAAAUUUGUGAAAGGACAAAGGUGGUAGACGGGAGAAGAUGUCCCCAGGGCUAGCAGGACAGUCAUGAUAGCAGCUGUCCUAGGAUUGGCCUCCCUCCCAUCUCCCACCAUUACUGGGGCUCCCAGAGAUUCUUCCUUGUCCUCAUCACCCACAGAGCUGUAGCCAACUGUGGCACAACUUUAUUUUACCCCAAAUUCCCAGCCCCACCCCUAAACCUUACUGGCCGUAGCAGAGAAUAGCUUCGAACCAAGAUUCUGUUGUAAUCAUUUUCGCUGUUUCUCCCUCAAGGCCGCCUUCCCCAUGCCUGCCCCUCCUCCACAACCCGUUAACAUUGUCUUAAGGUGAAAUGGCUGUAAAAUCAGUAUUUAACUAAUAAAUUUAUCUGUAUUCCUGUUUCCUCCGAA